CACAGACUCUGUGACAUGGAAUGCGUCCCUUGUUGAAUAAGUUACAGCCCCUCCGCAGUGUCUAGUAAGGAUGCAGCCGCGGGAGUUUCUUUUUGCAUAUUCUUUCAAGCAAUGGACACGCUAGUGAGGCAAAAGGCAUGCAACUCAUUUCGUCAUGGGCGUCGCAUUCCUAAGCGCCAGCCAGAAUUUCGCGCCCAGGUUCGCUAGUUUAGUGGUUAUAACGCUCGCUUUACAUGCCCAGUGCCACAGGUAUAUGUAGCACGACCUGUUUUGCCUUCCGAUUCACCAUCCCAUCAAACGUUCACUCACAUGUUUCCGCCAAUCAGCUGAGAAACACUCACUCGCACGCGACGUGUUAUAUACACAAGAUUGGUUCGGGGGUAGAGCAUUUGUAUGGGGUAAGAGCCAAGGGAGUGAAGACGGAUUUCAGGGACUCCUGCCACGGAUGGAACGCCCCCAUCACCGUCUCCCUGAACAGCUUGAGCAUGGCGGGAGAGAACGGGGCCACCCUCUUAGUCGUGUCUACACCGCUCGCGAUGUUGACUGAGAUCCCAAAACAACGUCAUACCAGUAAUGCUCGUACAGCUGCUUCAGCGCCUCGUGAUUUGUAUUCCAGCCGGCAUCGUCUGGUGUCUCCGCCUGAUCAAACUGCAUGUCCGAGAACAUUACGAGGUGCUUGACCAUGACCUUCUUGUUUACGCGAUGCUUGACCCCCAACGGGAGGAGCCAGCGCCUGAAGAGGCCAUUCAGAUCCGCGUUCAUGCCCCAUUCCGCGUGCGACAUCUCGCGCGCCAGCUCGUGCAGCGGUUUUUGUGGAUCGGGGCGCACGAAGUAAGGGUUCUGCGAGCACAUGUUGAAGCCAUUGCCGAACGGAGGAGGUGCAAGCUGUGAAAGCAGCAGCGGCACCGCUGCAAAGUUCGGAUCGACAUCACGGCGGCUGCCUGAAAGCGCACCCAUGGACACGGACACAUCGCAGACCGCGACUGUACUGUCUAGCGAUCCCUAAUCGCGCCUGCUGACGAGCGCGUUUCAUUGUGCUUCCAUGACCCGCAACGACACAGCGCCCUGCUGC